UCGACUCCGAACGUACACACGACCCACAAUUCCUUUCGUCCUUCUUCACAUCCUCUGGUCGCGAUGGGUAAGGAUAUCUCCCAUAGAUUCGACCGAAAGGUCCGCCGACGUGCGCCCAAGUCCGAGGAUGUUUACCUCCGUCUGCUGGUGAAGCUCUACCGCUUCCUGGCGAGGCGCACCAACUCCAAGUUCAACAAAAUUAUCAUGAAGAGAUUGUUCAUGCCCCGCGUACAUAGGUCCCCCAUUGCCCUGUCCAAGGUAUCUGAGCUGGCCAGCAAGCCCACCCGCGCCGGCAAGAUCAUCACCGUUGUUGGCACCGUCACUGAUGACAACAGAUUCUAUGAUGUGCCCAAGAUGACUGUGUGUGCCCUCCGUGUGACUGCCCGUGCCCGCGCACGCAUUGAGAAGGCUGGCGGAGAGGUCAUCACCUUUGAUGUUCUUGCUCGUCGUUCCCCCCUUGGAAAGAACACAGUCCUCAUCCAGGGUCGCCGCAAGGCACGUGAGGCAUACAAGAUGUUCGGCCGUGCUCCUGGUCUCCCUGGAAGCCACACCAAGCCACUGGUGCGCAGCAAGGGCCGCAAGUUCGAACGUGCCCGUGGAAGAAGGUCCAGCUGUGGUUACAAGAAGUAAACAGUUUAUGGGUAGAAAUAAAGAAAAAAAAGCAAAA